AUUCACUUUGACCCAAACUCACACCUCAAAAUGGGAUACAGUAUAAUAUACCAUGUAUCUUGCGUACUCCAAUUUGCUUAGUAACUCUAGUUUCCUUCUUGACCCUGUUGAAGUCUAGCAUAUAUAUGCAUAGUGGUUAUAGUUUUAGUGAGUGAGAAUAGCCAUUAGCCAUGUCUACUUCAAAGAGCAUCAGCAGUUCUAGUGAAGAUGACAAUGAACUUAGAAGAGGGCCUUGGACACUUGAAGAGGAUAAUCUACUUGCCCAAUACAUUUCUAAUCAUGGUGAAGGUCGAUGGAAUUUGCUAGCUAAACGUUCAGGAUUAAAGAGAACUGGAAAAAGUUGCAGAUUAAGAUGGUUAAAUUAUCUAAAACCAGAUGUAAAGCGGGGAAAUUUAACCCCACAAGAGCAGCUUUUAAUUCUUGAACUCCACUCAAAGUGGGGAAACAGGUGGUCAAAAAUUGCACAACAUUUACCAGGCAGAACAGAUAAUGAAAUAAAGAACUAUUGGAGGACUCGAAUUCAGAAACAAGCAAGGCAUUUGAGAAUUGAAACAGAUAGCACAGAGUUUCAAGAACUUGUUAGGCAUUUCUGGGUGCCAAGAUUGCUUCAGAAAGCAAGAGAAUCAUCUUCUUCAGCCAUGUCAAUCCAUAACCAGCCAAUUCCUUUGCCUCUUGAUGGUGUUUCUCAGCAUUUAACUGUUGGGACAAUACCAACACAAGCCCCUAUGCAGGGACCUUGUAUGAAUGAAGCAGGUUCCACUUACUUAGAUCAACAUGAGCAUAACUCAGAUUCUGAGCACAACAACGGCUCAUGUAUCUCCCUUUCUGAAUCAGCAAAUAUCCCAAAAGUGCAUCAGGAUUUGGGAUACACCACUAGACAAUUUCACGCAUUGAAUAACAACAAUAACUUUGGUACCUACACAUAUGAUGGUUAUCAUGUAAAUAACAAUGCCUAUGAGAUUGACACCUUCAAAAUUGCAACUCCAAGGGUAACUGAGCAUGUGCAAUACCCAGUUGGAGAUUGUCAAAUGGCAGGAAGCAAUUGGGUAAACAAUGGUUUUGCAUGUAGCAUGUGGAACAUGGAUGAACUGUGGCAAUUUAGUAACUUACAAAAAUAAGAUUGUAGGGUUUUGUUUUUUGGAAUGACCCAAAACACUGUCUUUUGAUAUAUUACUCUUAUCAGAUAAUCAAUUGUUGAUUAGCUACCAAAUUAAUUAAUAUACAAGCUGAUUGUUUUCUUGUACAUCUCUGUCUUGUAUUCCUCUGUUCAAAUGAGUACUCUGUAAUUUGUAUUGGUUGAUAUUGAAUCCCUGAGUUGAGAAAAGUCAAUAUUCACAAGUCCAAAACCCCACAAUUGGAAAUCAAGCGCUAAUAAAAUAAAGAUUUCAAAAAUAUUGGGAAACCAAUAUUAGAAACUCUGCUGUAUUUGUAGUGGAAGUUGAAUUGAAAUCAGUGUGAUUUUUAUGUGAAGAGGGUCCAUGAUCGAUUGAGGAUUUGAUUGAAAAAGAG